AAACUUAACGAAAACGCAGACAUAAAAAUAGAGAGCGAGAGACCCAAAGAGCACGAGAAGGCGUCAGGACUCAGGAGAAGCGCAAACCCAACCCAACAACCACCUUCAUCCUCCAUCUCCCAUCAAGCUCAGAAUUAAAAGAAAAAAAAAUACUUUUAAAGCUUGAUUCAACCUUAAAUUUCUGUUUUUUUUUCUUCCGUACGUUGAUUGAUGAUCCGAAGCUUGAUUGAAUGUAGUGGCAGAUAGGGCGGAUCUCUGGCGCCUUUCUAUCACAUUGUAAUCGCUCCGUCUCUGUGUUCCCUUGCUUCGCUUUGAUCGCUGUUCAGACUUGGUUUUACUUCAUACUCACUGCGAUGAACCCAAAUUUAUCAUAUAUCAAUCAUUUUCAAUUAAUUCUAUGAUAUUAUUCUCAAGUUUUUUGUUAGAAAUGAACGCCAUAAGUUUUUUCUUUGUUAUGGUACAUACGCAUUGAUCACUAGCCGAAUCGCCUGGGCUUUGAUCAGGCCAAUGUGUUAGCUCUAGCAAGAGCUAUGAACUUUUGCUUGCCAGGAGGAGGUCAGAAUAUCUGUUCUGGACACUAUAUCUCUUUAUUUUGGGUUUCCUGAAAAACAGGACAAUCAGGAAGAAUUAAUCCUUUGGUGACAUAGAUGGGUCUGCUACGUGUCUUGUCUAAUGAAAGUUCCAAUGAGGUGCAAAGCUCUGUAGUUACAUCUGCAUCCACCUCGUCCCAAUUUUCUGGCACAAACCAUUUGGAUGGAGGGCACUUAGUAGGUGUAUCUGUGCAUGGAGAAUCAAUAAAUGGCAGCUUUGCAGAUUUCAAGUGGAAAACCACUGUGGAGGUAGCAAAGUUUACAGACAAUCUGACUAACAAUGAGAGCAAGGGGCAAAUGCAGAGCUGCACCAUGCCAGAGAAUUAUGUUUCUAAUGAUAAAGUUUUACUCUCAACUCCUGAAACUGGGUGGAGGAUUAACACCCCGUUGUCUAGAAUUGUUGGCUUUGAAUGUGGUGAAAAAACACCUUCUUCAGCUCAAUUAGAUGGAACUUCAUUUAAUUGUGGUCAUUCAAAUAUUUGUGAAACAGAACAUCACGGAUCCACAUCCACUGUAAAGAAGCAUCUAUUAUCACCUUUGACCAGUAUGCUUUAUAGUGAGCAUAUUAGUGGUGAUUCUUUAGGUAUAGGCAAUAGUAAUAGUGGUGAUUCUUUAGGUAUAGGCAAUAGUAAUCUUCAAGCGUAUUCUCUUGGCACAGUUGAUAGUUAUGAUAAACUUAAGAUCCAAGAUAGUAAGAAGGCAAAUAUCAGAUCCAAGAAUCAGAUUAUGACACCAAUCUGGUCUGUAUCCAAUUCCUCCAGUGUUUUGAAGCAGGAUGACAUUUAUAGUAGAACGGAGCCAAGGUUUUUAAGUGAUGGCCCUUUGCUAGAUGAUAAGGAACUACCCCUCUAUAACUGUGUGCCUUUGCAUGAUACUCUGCAAGUUCCAGACAAAGGAAGUUUGGAAUCUGGGGUAGAACUGAUGUCUACAACAAAGGUGGCCUCACCCACUAUUUCUUUAUCUCCCCUCGGUCCAAAACUUUUUGACAAGAUAAAAACUGCAGGCAGAGGCAGAAAGAUGGAGGCAAAUACUAAAAUCUUUAAAGGUUUAGAAUAUUCUGUUGACAAUACUUCCUUAGGUGUUAUCUUUCCCUCAGGUGAUGAGGAUUUUAGGAAAGCAAGUGAAUCAUAUAAAGAGGCUGAUAUUUUCUACAAUCAAAUUCGACCUUCAUUUCCUGAAAAAAGUAACCCUGCAACAAAUUGGCUUUUUUCUCAGCGUCUGGGAACUGCAACACAAUGCAUAAUGGCCAGAAGUGUGAGGGGUGGUCCUGUUAGAAGGUCAUUGAUUGGUUCAUUUGAAGAAUCCUUGUUGUCUGGCCGGCUGUCAUCUGGAAGAUUCACUAAGAAAAUAGAUGGAUUUCUAGCUGUAUUUAGCAUAACUGGAGGGAAUUUCUCUCCGAAAUCUAGGAAAUUACCAUUUUCUGUUACCAGCAUUGAUGUGGAGAGCUGCCUACUGUAUUAUGCAUCUAUUGAUCUUGCUGGACAAUCAUCAUCAGAUAAGUGCAGAGGAAACAAUUUGAAGAGAGGAAUUGGAGAUGAUGAUUCGAGAAAUGAAAAGAGCUGCUUGCGUAUCCCAAUGAAAGGACGUAUACAAUUGGUUUUAAGCAACCCGGAGAAGACACCAGUCCACACUUUCUUCUGUAAUUAUGAUUUAUGCGACAUGCCAAUUGGUACAAAGACGUUCUUGCGCCAGAAGAUCUUGCUUGCUUCCUGUGGAAAAAAUUGUACAAGUGCAAGAGGAGAAGAAAAAGAUGAUGAUAUGAAGUGCGCCAGCACCAUGAACCAUGAGAAAGGUCGGAAUGAUUUAGCGGGCAAUGGAAGGGAAGGUUCCGGGAAUAACUUGUUCCAGAGGUUUAGCCAUAGAUCAGGUGAAGCAGAAGUGAGGAAUGGAAGUGUGAGAAAAUCUGAUAUUUGUUAUUCCAAGGCUAAUGGAAACACAGGGAGUACAGGUGUAAUUCGAUAUGCUCUUCAUGUACGGUUUGUGUGUCCUCAAAAGAAAGGUUUGAGAUCAGCCCAAAGAUGUAAAUCGGGUCCUCAAUCUUUAGGUGAAAGACGUAAAAUAGAGAAUAAAGAAGAGCGGAUAUUUUAUUUGCACAACGAUUUAAGGGUAGUAUUCCCGCAACGCCAAUCAGAUGCUGACGAGGGAGAGCUGAAGGUUGAAUACCAUUUUCCAGAAAAUCCAAAGUACUUCGCAAUUGGGAGCUAGCUAGAGUGUCUCUCAGUCUUAACAUCUUCUUACUUGUACAGCACCAAGAGUAUGAAAAGUACUGUAUUUAUUUAGUGUAUGGGCAAUGGCCAAUUGGCCAUCCACAGUUUCCCUUAACCCCUUAUUAAUUCAACAUCAGUGGCUGCUGUUCUGUGCCCCAUUGCUAUUCCUUGUGGUUUGUUUGUUUGUUUAAUUUCACAAUGGCUUUUUAAGUUUUAUCCCAUAAAGUUUAUCGUGGGCGUGUUGUGUAAA